CCAUUUUCCUCCUGAGUUUCCAGUCUCCUUCUUUGUACAUGACUAAUCAAAACCAGCCGCCUUUGAACUUGAUGAAUGUCAUUUAAAUUACAAAAAAUAAAACGUUUCUUGGAAGAAAAAAAAUUCUUUCACAAGACUAGUUCAACGUCUCAUUAAUUACUUCAAUUCCUAGCUAAUUAACCUGAUAUAUCUUCAGCAUACCCAGUUUCAAUUAGCUCUCUAGCUUUUCUUUUCCUCUCUCUAAUAUGAUUCCUCAUCAUGGUUCAAAUGAUUCCCUUUUGUUCCUUAAGCCCGUUAUUAUCAUCUUGUCCAUCUUAAUGUUUCACACCUAUGUUUGUAUUGCUCAGGAAUAUAAUCCGGAAAGGUACGAGAAAUGUAAAAGCAAUUUCGUGUGUGGAAAUCGUGUAAACGUAGGCUUUCCAUUUCAUGGAGAUCAUCAUAACGAUGGCAGAGACCGGCCUGAUUACUGUGGGCUUCCCGGUUACAAGCUGGAUUGUUAUAAGGGAGAUAUAGCAGAAAUAAAAUUUUUAGAUGAAAUAUAUCGUGUCUUGGAUAUUAAUCUAGACAGCCAAGUUAUGAAUAUUACAAAUAAGGAUCUGGCGGAUGAUGCUUGCGCAUCUAAAUAUCCAAGGACGCCUUAUGUAUCUGCCGUAUUCAAAUUGCCUUCUCCCGAUGUUUAUCAGCUGAUUUCUAUUUUCUCGGAUUGUUCUGAUAUCAACAUUCGGGAUCAGUAUAAGUUCAAAUGUCAAAAAAACGACGCUGGUUCAGACAGUUCAGCUUCAAAUGAUGCUUAUUUUUUGUUAAAAUCCCCCCUUGAUACUCCGCACAUUUCAUCAUGUAACAGGACUGUCGAAGUACCAGUUAUGAGUGCUUUUAUAAAAGAUCUUAUGGCUAGGCCAGAAACACUGCCUACAGUUAUAAAGCUGGGUUUCAAUGUGACUUAUCUCAAAGAUGAAAGUGGUAUCAGCAUCAACUGGUGUCCAGCUUGCAUGAGAUCUGGUGGAACAUGCGGAUACAACACUGCAACAAAUAAUCCCACCUGUUAUUGUCUCGAUGGAAAUGAUGCAUGUUUUAAUCCAUCUUCUGCCGCCGCUGCACCAUCUCCUGAUUCGAAGUCAAAACGAAAGAGCAAAAUUGCAAUAGGUUUAGGCACUGGAGCCGGGGCAAGUCUUUUAACUAUCCUUGCUGCAAUUUUCAUAUUCCGACGCUGGCGUCAGAAAAACGAUCUUCACAAAAAUUCAACCCUGAUAUCUAGAAGCAUUUCUCCUGAUCUCUCCAUGCAACCAGACCCUGAAAAAGGAAGCUCCUACUUCAACACCCCGAUCUUUUCCUAUAAGGAACUUGAAGAAGCCACCAACAAUUUCGACUCCUCCAAAGAACUUGGUGAUGGUGGCUUUGGUACUGUUUAUUAUGGAAAGCUUAAAGAUGGGCGUGAUGUUGCAGUAAAACGGUUAUACGAGAACAAUUGCAAGCGAGUUGAACAGUUCAUGAAUGAAGUUAAUAUACUUUCACUCCUACGACACCAGAACCUGGUUUCCCUCUACGGUUGUACCUCGCGCCACAGCAGAGAACUUCUUCUUGUUUACGAAUACGUUGCAAAUGGCACGGUGGCCGAUCACCUCCAUGGAGAACAUUCCAGUGCAGGCAUGGUUACUUGGCCUAUUCGAUUGAGCAUCGCCAUCGAAAGUGCUGAUGCACUAGUAUACCUUCAUGCUUCUGACAUCAUACAUCGUGAUGUUAAAACCAACAACAUACUCCUGGACAAAAACUUUCACGUCAAAGUAGCAGAUUUCGGGCUCUCCCGCCUCUUCCCAAAUGACGUCACUCACGUCUCUACAGCUCCUCAAGGGACCCCUGGGUAUGUUGAUCCUGACUACUACCAGUGUUAUCAACUUACAGAUAAGAGCGAUGUGUACAGCUUUGGGGUUGUCUUGUGUGAGCUUAUAUCGUCGAAGCCUGCAGUAGAUACUAAUAGGCAUCGACACGAAAUCAAUUUGUCGACCAUGGCACUUAACAAGAUCCACGGUGACGCUCUACAUGAGUUGGUUGACAUGUCGUUGGGUUUCAAUACGAAUGCUAGUGUAAGGAAGACGAUGACAUUAGUGGCAGAGUUGGCCUAUAGGUGUUUGCAACAAGAUACCGAUGCAAGACCUUCCAUGGCAGAGGUUUUGGAGGUUCUAAAAGAAAUUGAAGUAGAGGGUUCAAAGGUGGUGAAACCAGGAGAAUUGACUGAUGAUGCCAAGCUAUUGAAGAAUUAUCCACCAGUAUCGCCAAAUUCAGUCACAGACAAAUGGGCCAGCAUAACCAGUACACCUAAUACUAGUUCUUGAGAUUUCUCUCCCUAUUUUCAGAUCUUAAUCGUAUUAUAUAAAUCUUGUAAUAGGUACUAUUAGUCUACUUAACACACGAUAAUCAUCUGUUUGAUAUAUUUUUUCAUCUGGUUUGGAUUUAUAUAUCAUCAAUAUGAGUAUCUGCAUAGUAAAUGGAGUGCAA